GGCUUAAUGUUUACCACAGGGGAAUGGUGCAAAGCGCAUAUAGGUUAUAGGCCUACCGAUCCCUGUGAUGUUUACACUCGGAGAUCAACUACGUCGGUCUCAUGUCACGGCUAAAAAAUGAGUGAUGCCAUCAGUCCAGUCUGUGGCAGGGACAAGAAGAAAUCCAAACGCAGUGAGGACAAGGACAAUACGAAGAAACAGUUACGAAAAGUUGGAGAGAAACAGAGGCGAGACAAACUGAAAAGCUAUUUGUCUGUGCUUGCUCAAGAAAUACCCUGGAUCUCGGAGGGCAACCAAAGAGUCGACCGCUCACAGAUACUCAAACUCACUGUAAACUAUCUUAAGUUCCAUCAAGGUGUCAAAGAAAAGAGGAUCGGUUCCCAGAAAUGGAAACCUAAUUUUCUGUCAUCUGACACUCUACGGCAGUGUCUCAAUGAGGCUACCGGUGGAUUUGUCAUGGUUGUUGCACACACAGGAAAUGUUGUAUUUGUGUCGGAGAGUAUUUCCAGCAUACUAGGACAUUCCACGGUGAAUGUUAUUGGUCUGCCUAUUGCCAACAUUCUCCAUGAUGAGGACUGCGGGACAUUUAGCCAACAGUUUCAGACGGGUGACAAAAAUGUGUCCAUGUGCGAGGGGAUGCCAUCUGACCGGGAGAGAGUUCAAAUGAUUCUGCUAGUUUUCAGACCAUGCAGUUCAAGUUUUCACAUCUUUGCACCCCCUCGCAACAAAGUUGACUCUUUCAAGAAUAAUCACAGAUCAUUCAUGGUGCGGAUGCAAAUUCUACUGGAAAAUAGCAAUAACCUGCAGCAUGAGGCCAUCCAUGUUCUGGGGAAAAUCUCAACAGAAGACCCAAAGACUGGUGGGAAAAAUGUCGACUCAAAUGAUAAACAGAACACCUGGUUGAUUGCAGUUGGACGGCCAGUCAGGAACCGAGUCAUACAUGAGUUAUCGGUGAUGGCUUUAGACAAACUGGAGUGGUGCAGUCAGCACAGUAUGGAUGGCACAGUCUUAUUUACAGAUCAACGGAUAUCCCAGUGCCUGGGGGUCUUUUCAGGAGAGAGUGCUGGGAAUUCAUGUUACCGUUACAUUGUACCAGAAGAUAUCCAGGCCGUCAGCGUCAGUCAUAUGAAAAUUAUGACGGACGAUGAGGUACCACAAACCAUCUUUAGGUUGAAGAUUCCAAAUCAGGUUGUGAAAUACAUAAUGUCUCGCUCUGUCGUCGUGCGGGAUUCAUGGAAGAAAGAGGCCAAAUUCAUCUCCAGCAUCAACAUAAUCAUAGAAAAGACUGAAGGGGACCAAUUACUGGAGGAACAAAAGAAGAAGGUUGAUGCCCUAAUUGCUGUCACUAAUUUAUUAAGCCUCCAUGAGGACAGCCCCAAGAUUACAGCCCAGGGUGAGGACAGGUUGGACAACAGCUGUAUUGAUCCGGAGCUUGGGAACGAUUGUGGUACCUCAGAGAGUCCGAACAGUAGUGACAAAGACUUUGAAUCAAAUGGAUCAACCACCUCUUUGCUAUCCACUGAUUUGAGCCCUACCGAAAAUAGGUCGAGCUCGGGAUCUAUGAAGUUUGGCACACCUUUACUUAAAAGUCUUUUGGUUGGUGACAUCACCACUACGCCUAACACUCUAUUGACUUACACUGCUCAGGAUAGUAGUGAAACGUCUCCAAUCAGCAUUUGUUCACAUUCAAUCAAUAGCGGUAAUCCUCAGCCCUUCAACACCAGUCCAGAGAAUAGAAAUGUCACUGAUCAAGCCAAAAAUGAUAGUCAACUGAAGGGGAACAGUCCUCCACCCUGUAGUGGAGGAAGCCUGCAUGUCACAUGUGAUAAAAGGAGUCUACCUUUUAGCAAUGGAGCAGAUGGUCACCAAUCUAACAUUGGGGAGAUAUCGCAUGUUUAUCAUGGGAGUCCAAAUAUCAACAAUGUAGGAAGCAGUGGGGAUAUUUUAACAAGUAGCUGCAUCAAUAAAGACUUAAUCAGCAUGACAGACCACUCGUGUGGUCAGGACACUCCAGCCAUGUUCAAUUUACAGAGGGUGAGAAACUGGACAGCUUCACUCUCAGAAGUAGAAAUGGAUAUGGCUAGAAAUACAGAUCUUGGUGAUUCCCCUGGCGACUGCUACAGUCUUAGCAAUCUGACCCACCUGCAUUCGCAUUCCGACACAAGUAGUCCCACCAUUGGUAGCCAUGUUACUACCCCGCCUAAUUCGGACCAAUCAAGCUUACUAUUUAGUCAACCAGGCUCUGUACAAUCAUAUAUAUCUCCUGGCCAGUCAAGCCCUUUAUCUAGCAUAAAUCUGACAUUACAGCCAGUCUUACCAUUUCAUCAGACUAGCUUGACACUUUUAAGUUCAGCCGAUGACAAGGAAAAUUUACAGCAUUCCAACAUUUCCAAAAGCCCACCUUACCCCAUACCUUCUAGCUUUACGUGUCACUCAAGCCUACCAGUUAGUCAAUCCAUUCCUGCUCAAUCAGGCUUUUUGUAUGGCCAGCCUAAUUCAUUACAGUUGAACAUGCCUUAUGGAGCGACUAAGUUAAAUUUAACCCACAGUCAUGCUGACUCUGGAGAAUCAGGUCAGUUAUACAAUCAGUCUUGCCAUGGCCAGGUGCAGCCAACUCUAGCCUUCGCUAAGUCUGGUCUUGAAGAGGAAGUUUUUGACUAUAGUGAGCCCUGUUCUGACCAAUCAUGUUUACCAUUACAUUGGUCUUGCACCACACAUUCCAGAACGAUCCCUAGCCAACAAAGUCCCAAAUCGCCAAAUUUACCAUCGUCAAGGCUGCUUCGUCAACAAUCAUUCAGUGAACAGUCUAACUCUGUAGGAAGUCCUCACUACAAUCAGCUUCAUUUUGAACAGACUAACCAUAAUGGUAUGAAUGUACCUACUGUCCGGAAAAGCUCUUCCGACAAUCAGUCAGAAAAAGUGGUUAAUCAGUUGUAUGAACAGUCCAUGAACCAGGAACAUUACGCACAGGGUCAAUCAGGAUCAAGUCGGUAUAGAUGUGAACAGAAGAACACUGAUUAUAGCCAACUGUGUGGUACAGAACAGCGAAGUAUACCAAUCUCUGUACAGGGAAGCACACCAUGGAAGCAUAAUCCCAUACAGAGUACAACAGGUAUCAGUUCUACACAAUUGAACGUAAUUUACAAUGAUAAUACCCCUGUGAUUGCGGAGAAAGAUUUAAACAGCAGCAUUUCCCACGAGCAGGCAACAAAUUCUGUCUCUGCCACCAAAUCCUCGGAAGCUUUCCAAUGGAAAAAAGAUGCUGCACAUUUGGAGCUGGCUGGUCAGCUCCAUGCAAAACAUAAACAGCUGAGCGAGUCACUUGGAUCCCAGGAGUCUGUCUUGGAUCAAGUUCAAGGAAACUUAUCUCUGCUCAUGGACACACAAACUAACAGUGGACAUAAUGGUACGGGAAUACUUCAGAAUGUUUUCAAUCUGCAGACAUCAGUUCAAGAGCAGAGGAUGCAGUUGUGUAACAUUGAGGAAGAGUUUAUGGCUAAGCUACUUGACACGACAUGACACGACUGAAAAGCUGCUUCAAUUCAGGUCAUCUUAUAUAUAUAGUUACUAGUUCCAAACUGACGAACUUACUGAAUAUGUCCCUCAAAAUUGCGGAACAUGUGUAUCUUGCUGAAGAGGGCAAAGUCGUCUGAAGUACCAAUAUUUCUAAGUAUAAUAAUGUUAUUUGCCAAAAGUACUGUUAUUGAUAUUUAUAAUUGUGUUCUCUUUUCAGCCGCUUUGUCUUUAAUGAUUGCAAGUGUUGAUCAUGAGCACACUGUUAUUAUUGUGAUAUACCGAAGACUCUUUUACUGAAGAUAAUGUAGCCUCAAUUAAGCAGGGUUUCUCUUGCUAAGCACGAUAUUGUUCCCACUUGACAGAUACCAACAAUCUGAGCCAAGUCUAUGUUGAGUUUUUUCACACAGAUCUACGGCUACUAUCACAUUCAAUUUGAACAAUGACAACAUGUAAAACCGAACCACGCCUUUCGUGCCUGAAUCCGUUCAAUUCAUGAUCAGUUCAAAAGAUUUUAUUAAUAUAGAUAUCUAUUUAAUGUUUUUGUUAUAGAUAUAUGGGUUUGCCAAUAGGCAAAGCUUGUGUUUCAAUCGUUUAAACAAAAAGUGCCUGAAUAAUGCAUAAUGCAAUAACUGUCCCGACUAUUAUGACAUUGUAUGGUUAAACUAUAUAAAUCUGCACGAAAGAUUUUAAAAAAAGUGACAAUAUUAUUGAUACUGACGAAGAGACGGAAAGAAUACUCCUACAACAUAGCGUGUUGUAUAAGUAAUGAUGUACAAAUAAUUUAACGAAUUUGUGUUGUGAUUUAAGAUGAGUCUGUCUUUGCAUGUUCGAUGUCAAUAUAGUUGUAAUGUAUUGAGAAUACUAGCUGUUAAAUUCCAUAUAUUGUAGAAAAGUUUGUUUUUCUUCGCAUUGAGUAAAAUUAUUAUUUCCAGCUCAAAUAUUUUCACACCAUGAUCAUUUUAAAGGAUCAUAACGCAAAUAUUACCACAAUAUUUUACGGUAUCGCCUGUAUGUCAGUCUGUGAACUCAAUGUCAGACCGAGGGCUUUAGCUACAGUUUCGGUAACGGUCGAAGUGUAUUCUGGCAUGUGAUAUGAUAUUACCAGGUUUUAUUCUUUUUACACCGCACUUAUCAGUGAGUGGUGUGUGUGAAUAAGUGUUCACCAUUGUGAUUAUGCCUAGUAUUACAAGGCUGUGAACCGAAACAUAGACGCUUGCUUGUAUUCAAUUUACUGUCAGAUCAUGAAUGAUAAAAGGUGAACAUUUUAAGUCUAAUUUAUUUUAAUAUUUGCAUAUGUCUGUGAUGGUUUGCAUGCGUCUGUAUAUAGGUGUUGUUAUUAUGCGUCUGUGAUGUGUACAACAGAGUAACCCGCUAAUAACAUGUGCUGUGCGGAUGCGCAACCAAUAACUCACCUCGCAUAAAAAGGUUGUUUUCGGGUAAACAAAACCUGUUAAAAGCAAUCCAAUGUUUUCUGACAUUCCUGGUGGAUUUUUGCCGCAUAUAGACUUUUUUGAAUGUCAAAACAAUUUUGGUUACGAUGAGCUCGCCUGAUGAAAUAUGCCAGAAUAUAUCACCAAAAGUCUGAAAGACACCAAUGUUAUGUUAUUUGUAUGGCAGAAUAUACCGAUAUUGGUAAUCUGCCGUACUUGUUAAAUGUAUUUUUCAAAGAGAAACCAUUAAAUAUCCUUUAUAUAUAAUUAUAAAACGUGAGUCUCUGGUCUGAGCCGGUUAGGCGAUUGUAAACAAGAGAUUUCACAUUAUUAAUAUUAUGCAUAUUAAGAUGAGAAAUAUUAGAGAUGGUGAUCGGAUGAUUGAUAUUUCCUGCAGUAAAAGUAAUGUGUAUUCAGAUCGGGAUACUGAGCGGAUAAAGAAGGAAAUACUCAUCGGUCAUUGUUCAAUACAUCAUUCUUUGAUCAUCGAUAUUCAUUUCAAAGGUCAAAGUAAGGACAUAGGUCAGGAUCUUGCAGGUGGUAAGUGUGGUUGUGUUUUUGAGAAAUACCAUUUUCUCUUCUCUUGCUGCCUUUUCACUGACUGUCUUUGCUGAUUUUUUUUUGAUUUUUUUUUUAGGUUAGUUUCAUCUCGAGGGCGAAAAAAGUUUUUAUUCUAUUAAUAUUUCUCUUUAUCACUUUUUCUUUAAAAAGCCUUCAUAGCUUCAUUUUUUGGUAGUCGUAUGGGGAUAAAUAAGUUGAGAUGUUGUUAUUUUUAAAGAUUAUAAGAUGGCAACAAAUUAUUGUUUCGAAAUAUAUAUACAAGAAGUAAAGUGUACUGUAUACUAAAUGAAAAGAAGUUUCCAGACACGCCGGACCUGUGUGUUAUAUCAUAAUGCCUUAACAUGUAUAUGUUGUAUUCUAACAAAAUGUAUUACUAAUAAUACAGUUAUUCUAAUUGUUUACACUGCGUGCAGUAUAAAGAUUGAAUCUGCUUUACAAAUAUAUAAAAUAAAUACUUUAUUGAAUUGUAAAUAAUAUGAAAUAUAAGUUCAAGCAAACUGAACUUGUUAUUUGUUACCAAGAAUCAAUCACUUUCUUUCUGAUCUGCAAAUACAUUCCGGUAACUGCGUUGUGUUACUUUAUAAAAUCUAUUGCAGAAUAUGCAAGUAUUUUCAUGUGUGCUUCGCACUCCUGAAGAAAAUAUCGAUAUUCUGCUGCUGUAUAACACGAACUGUUCGUGGGAACGUUCCUUCGUGGUGUUUGAAGCCUUAUAGAUCGUUUUGUGGUACAAACUUUCGUGGAUAUUCUGUAUUUACAACAGUAGACAACACGUGAAUCAUUCAAAUUCGUUGUAUUUUUUUCGUGGUUCAAAGGCAAACACGAAAACAACGAAUGUUUAUACACAACGAACAUUUCAUGUUAUACAGUAUUCAACGGCAAACCAUGAAACAAACUAACGCAAUUAGUCCAAAUAUUAUGAUUGUGACGUCGCAUAUUUUCUGUUCUCGUUGAAGUUGCAUGAUUGUUUUUUUCGAAUCCAUUUGGUUUUUGAUUUCCCCGGUGACGAUACAGCAUGUUUAGUUAACUUCUAUAAGAGGUGUGAAAAUCGGUUGAAAUUUUUCGCUCACAGUCUCAAAUACAGAAAUCCAGUGAAAAAGACUAGUUAGACGGUAGAAUAUACUGAUGGUGUAUUCCUUGUCAACAUUGUCAUUGUCGGAGAUUAUGUUGGUAUUGUCAUUUUGAUGAUGUGCAUAUUAUAAGAUUUUUUUAAUGAUAUAUGUGUCAAUAUGAUUGUUAUUGUACAAACAGAGUUUAAUAUUGUUAUUGCUAUUUGUUGAUGUAAAAAUGAGAGAAUAAUUGUUUUUUUGUACAGAGUUUAGAAUGAUGUUGCAAUUUGUUGAUGUGUCAAAGUAAGAUUUUUUAACCAUGACAAUCACAGUGUAUUGUAUUAAAAACCAUUGCCUUAGACAGUGUUUUUCAUGGCCAUACGCCAUAAGACAACCGAGAUAGUCUCGUGUUUUUCAUGGCCAUACGCCAUAAGACAACCGAGAUAGCCUCUAUUCAUGUGUUUCUGCUUGAAAUUAUUGUAUGUCUCUGUCGUUACUUGGAGAAAAAAAUAUCUUUUUGAGUUGUACAAGUAAAUUGAUCAUUUUUAAUCGUAGCAAAACCAUUCUUGAUAUGUUUUUGGAUCAUAACAUGUUUUUGACAUUCACAUUAUAAUUUACAGGUAACAGAGAUAUUGCCAAGCAGUAUUUAGAAACAUGAAAUACGGUUGCGUCAGUUACAUUUUUACAGCUGGCGACAGUACUUUAGUGUUACAAAUUUAUAUAACAUGUAGCUGGUUUACAAACCAUUGAGCAGGUGCAUCAAGUCUCCAGCAAGCUACAUUUUUUUUAAACCAUUUGACACGUUUUCGUGUCAAGCAUUAUUGAUUAAAUUUUAGUAAUAAAAACAUUAAUGACAGCCGCGCUUUUGCUGGUUUUUGAAGCGCCUGAUUAUGAAAUUCACAUAUUCUAUCAUUUGUCUGCAAUAAGUUGUUAAUAGAAUUCUUAUAUUUUAUGGUGAAAGUCUUAUCAGAGUCUUCAAUGUUGGAGGCUUCUCAUCAGUUUCAUACAAGUAAAUGUGUGUGACCUCAUUAUCAGCCGGUUACAUUGUAUAUCGAAAUUAAUACAUAGUAAAUAUAU